UCCUCUCGCCUCCGCUGUCUCGCCCAUCGCCUCCGACUGUAUUCACGACCGACCGACGAGCAGCAGUUGCACGAUGAGCGGGACACAAGCCCAGAUCCAGAAAGCCAUUGACCAGAUCCAGGACAAGGGCCCCCUCCCGGAGAUCGACUUCACCCAGCACCAGCUCGAGAAUGGCUAUACCAUCUCCACUCAGGAGCGCGUCGUCAAAGAGGUGCAAGCUCCGGCUAUGAGUAUCCCUACCGACGCCCAGUUCUUCUCGAAAACGGAUCCGUCGAAGCCGGACGUGGCGUUCUUGAAGAACCACUUCUACCGCGAGGGACGUAUAUCUGAGGAGCAUGCGCUCUACAUCCUCGAGAAGGGUACUGAGAUUCUCCGCGCUGAGCCUAAUCUGCUUUAUGUCGACGCUCCCGUAACCGUGUGCGGUGACAUUCACGGACAAUAUUAUGAUUUGAUGAAACUCUUCGAGAUUGGUGGCAACCCCGAAACGACUCGCUAUCUCUUCCUAGGUGAUUACGUUGACCGAGGAUACUUCAGCAUCGAGUGCGUGCUGUACCUGUGGUCGCUGAAAAUUUGGUACCCCGAGACUCUCUUCCUCCUUCGCGGAAACCAUGAGUGCCGCCACUUGACCGAUUACUUCACCUUCAAGCUUGAGUGCAAGCGCAAGUACUCUGAGCGCAUCUAUGAUGCGUGCAUGCAGUCCUUCUGUGCUCUUCCUCUGGCCGCUAUCAUGAACAAGCAAUUCUUCUGCAUCCACGGUGGUCUAUCGCCUGAGCUGAACACUCUCGAUGACAUCCGUAACAUCGACCGCUUCCGUGAGCCGCCCACUCAGGGCCUCAUGUGUGAUAUCCUAUGGUCGGACCCGGUCGAAGACUUCGGGCAGGAGAAGACUUCGGACAGCUUCGUGCACAACCACGUACGCGGAUGCUCUUACUUCUUCACGUACCAAGCAGCAUGCCAGUUCCUCGAACGGAACAAACUGCUGUCGAUCAUCCGGGCACACGAGGCGCAGGAUGCUGGCUACCGCAUGUACCGCAAGACACGCACGACCGGCUUCCCCUCUGUCAUGACGCUCUUUUCCGCCCCCAACUAUCUCGAUGUGUACAACAACAAGGCCGCGAUCCUGAAGUACGAGAGCAAUGUGCUCAACAUUCGUCAGUUCAACGCGACGCCGCACCCGUACUGGCUCCCGAACUUCAUGGAUGCGUUUACCUGGAGUUUGCCGUUCGUCGGCGAGAAGAUCACCGACAUGCUGUUGGCGAUGCUCAACUGCUGCACUAAGGAAGAACUCGAGGAAAGCUCAGAUGAGGAGACGCUCAUCUCACCAACGCCGUCUGAGGAUGCACAGGAGCGUCGCAAGGUCAUCAAGAACAAGAUCCUUGCUGUUGGUCGUAUGGCCAGAGUUUUCGCGCUUUUGCGUGAGGAGUCCGAGAAGGUUUCGGAGCUCAAGAGCGUGUCUGGAUCUGCGAGGUUGCCCUAUGGUACCCUUGCACUGGGAGCGGAGGGCAUCAAGGAAGCCAUCUCCGGUUUCGAUGACGCUCGUAAGUCGGAUAUCGAGAACGAGCGCCUUCCCCCCGACCUCUACGACCCUGAAUCCGAAGAGGGCAAGGGCCUCAUCUCCUCUGUGCCACAAACUCCCGCCGAAGAUAACGCACCCCCUGUCUCGCCCAACGGUGUCACUGCCGCACUCGAGCAGGUCAUCGCUGGCACGGCACCCACGUCCAUCAACACCGCCGCGCCACCCUCCCCUGGCUCGCCCAUCUCACCUACGUCGCCCCUGUCGGCGACGGCCUCGCCGUUCCGCCGAGGCCACGGCCGCCAAGCGUCGCUCGGUACGACGAUGACCAGCCCGAGUACCCGUCGACGCAGCCUGGAAAGCACAAUGUCGCUCAUCCAGGAGGCGUGGGAUGGCAAAUCGUCUCUGCAGGACCCCGAGCUUGUCAAGCUCGCGGAUUCAAUCGCGGAGAGGAGCACGGGCAAGGACAAGUCCUCCGACUCGGGGCGGACGAGCCCUUCGGGCGGCGCGGCGCCGAGUUGAUUGCCCCAAGGUGUGCCCGUAUGCAGCGAUGGAUUGACUGACUGUCGGGUGCAGGUAGAGCGAGCUAGGCCGAGGCUGAGUACGGGAGCGUGGGCGUCGCGCUGUGGGUAGUCUUUGCAUUGCACUGUAUAUCCUGGAGACUGGUGUAUAUUUGAUAUUGUCCCUGAUUCCUUCAUGUGUAUUUUCUCGGCGUGUGUUCAUACAUUCAUACACAGCUUACCCUUCAUCUGAC